CUACCAUAUCGUUACRCCGUCCCCAUUCCAUUUAAUUAAUACUGACAAACCUCGACACUAAUGAUAGCGCUUUUAAAAUUCAAACUUCGCUUAGCGGCGAGUUGUCAAUGUUAUUUUCUCUACACCAUGUCACCGAAAGAAUGAKUCGAUGCGUAAAUGAAAGCASUUUUGUACAUUUAUAUGUUUAUCCCGACUGUUCGCACAAAUACUUUAUGGGUGAAAAUAUUCUUUCGGAAAGUGUCUUGUAUGUUAUUCUAUUCAUACAUAACUGAAUGUACCCUCAAGGCAAGAAUUAAAAUYGCUGAUAAACUACGCUUCUUAUCCUAACGACAGAGAAAAGAGCAUAGAAAGCCUCUUUUUGCGCGAGGAUCGUCUAGUGAUACGUCGCUCADAACUCAAGGAUGAAGGUCGAUCAUAAGAUCAUUCUUGCAGUGCUGAUUGGUAUUUUGGCAUUCAUCAACAUCAUUGGUAACGCUUUAACUUGCAUCGUGGUGAAACGAACCCGUUCUUUACAUAUACCGAUGUAUUAUUUAUUGGUGAAUCUUUGCGUGGCUAAUAUCAUCAUGGCAAUGUUCAGCGUAGCUAUGUACAUAUUCAGUCURUUAUACCAGCAUCCUAAUGGCAUUGUUGGAAACUAUUUAUGCAAGUUUGUUACCGGWGAAACUAUAUUUUGGAUUGGUGGUUUCACGUCUGGGUUUUCYUUGGCUGUUAUAGCAUACGAGAGAUAUCGCGCAGUGGUCAACCCUCAUGAUUUAUCAGCGCGACGACUCAAUCCMAAACGCCUUAAGAUCGUUUUAGUGAUUUGCUGGGGUGGAGCAGUUCUUUUGAAUAUACCUCAUCUCUACACAAGCCAGGUUCGUGAAAUAGACGGUCAACCGGUUGGCUGCACGGAAAAAUGGGAAGGAAAGAUAGAAGGCAAGGUGUGGUCAAUUGUAUUGGUUUUUAUCACAUUCUUGAGUCCACUAGCCGCGGUGACAUUAUUGUACUCGCUCACAGUGCAUCACUUAUUUAAGGGACAGCGACAGAUUGUUGAUAUCAGUCAAUUGGCAGUAACAAAAGUACGAAAGAAAAUCACAGUGAAUUUAAUAGCAAUCACUGUGCUUUUUGCGUUAUGUUGGACCUUAGAUGGYGUCACGUAUAUUUAUAUUCAAUUUCAUAGCUCACAACAGAUGACUGUCACUCGUAAAAUCGCUAUUCUCUUAGUGUGUUUGAAUUCAGCGAUGCAUCCUUUCCUAUGUGCAUUUACUAGCCAGGACAUAAGAAGAGCAUUGAAGAGAAUAAUCUGUCGAGGGACACUGAAUAGUGUGGAUACACGCGCAGACUUUCAAAGAACAUCUCGACGAUUAGCGAACUCUCAAAACGCUAGCAAAUUAGAUCAUAUAGAUACCUGGAUAACUGGGUGAGACCGACUGACAGUACUCAAUGACAAAUGUCACACAAAAGACAGGCUAGACUUAUACGAUAUAACUGUACUAAAUUUGUGAUUAUUAAUCUGUAAAUUUUGCAUGAUGAUUACUCGUGUUUACUAAAUUUAAUAAAUAUUUACUAAAUAAUUCUUCGCAGUGAAAAUUAAAAAGUAGAAAAAAGGAAUUUAUAAAAGUGAACAUUACGUAAUAGACUCACGGUGAAUGGUCAAAAUAACCAGCUUUAGGCUCAUCCUUUACCGAAAAUCGUUCAAUACCUAGUCUAUCRGCUGUAAUUGCAAGGAUAAGUAUUAUAUUUAAUGACAAUAAUCUGGCGGCAAAUAUAAAGCCGGUUAUACCAACCACAUACUUAAAAUAAGUCUGAUUUGRGCAAAUAAUGACAAGGAAGGAAGCUACAAAUGUGUUUUUUCAAUUCUUCAGGUGCGCGUUGCGCAUACUGCGUCGUAGACGGCUUUCAUUUAAUCAACAUGUCUCUGAUAUCUUUGUUUUACUUUAUUCCUCGGUAAUUUUCUCCCAGCAAGAAAACAAAAUMCUAACUCAAGUUAAUUGAAUUUGCGGGGAUGUUUUCGUCGACACAAACGAUUCCUAAUUCUUUGUUUCUUGAAGACACUGGAACAG